CAGUCGUGCGCUGCUGAUCUAGUACAACAAUUACCGGGACCUCGUGGUGCACAGUCCUUCUCCUCUGAUACAGCAGCGCUCGAAGUGCACCAUGCUGCACCGCUUUCAGGAGUAGGAGGAGGUGCACGACCAGGUACAACUUCGUUGACCAGUGGGGAUGAACAACUGCAAGGCCGUGAAGGUACCCCUCAAAUAUUCGAAAGCAAAGUGGACGACAUGCUGCGUCGGAUUACCUCGAAUAGCACAGCAGAUCAUGUUGGAAGGAACUCUCGCUCUUCCUCGACUUGUAGAACCAGGUUCGGCGCCUUAAACCUGCAGAAAAAUGCGACUUCGGAAACACCAAAUCGUUCCACCUUGUCG